GUGCCUGUGACAGGGCGGCCUGCCAGCAGAUGACGACCACUGGACUUUAACCUUGGUGGCCACUGAGAGGAAGCUUACUGGGGCCCAAGAGCCCCCCUGACGCCCACCGCCAUGUCGGGAUCCACGCAGCCCGUGGCACAGACGUGGAGGGCCACCGAGCCCCGCUACCCGCCCCACGGCAUCUCCUACCCCGUGCAGAUUGCCCGGCCCCACACGGACGUGGGGCUGCUUGAGUACCAGCACCACCCCCGAGACUACGCCUCGCACCUGUCGCCUGGCUCCAUCAUCCAGCCGCAGAGGAGGAGGCCCUCGCUGCUGUCCGAGUUCCAGCCCGGGAAUGAGAGGUCCCAGGAGCUUCACCUGCGACCCGAGUCCCACGCGUACCUGCCUGAGCUGGGCAAGUCGGAGAUGGACUUCAUCGAGAGCAAGCGCCCCCGGCUGGAGCUGCUGCCCGACCCCCUGCUGCGGCCCUCAGGCCUGCUGGCUGCAGGCCAGCCCGGUGGCUCCGAGGACCUGGCCAAGGACCGCAGCCUGAGCGGCAAGCUGGAGCCGGUGUCUCCGCCCAGCCCCCCGCACGCCGACCCCGAGCUGGAGCUGGUCCCUCCGCGGCUCUCCAAGGAGGAGCUGAUCCAGAGCAUGGACCGCGUGGACCGGGAGAUCACCAUGGUGGAGCAGCAGAUCUCCAAGCUGAAGCGGAAGCAGCAACAGCUGGAGGAGGAGGCCGCCAAGCCGCCCGAGCCCGAGAAGCCUGUGUCGCCGCCGCCCAUCGAGUCGAAGCACCGCAGCUUGGUGCAGAUCAUCUACGACGAGAACCGGAAGAAGGCCGAGGCUGCGCACCGGAUUCUGGAAGGCCUGGGGCCGCAGGUGGAGCUGCCCUUGUACAACCAGCCCUCCGACACCAGGCAGUAUCAUGAGAACAUCAAAAUAAACCAGGCCAUGCGGAAGAAGCUGAUCCUGUACUUCAAGCGGAGGAACCACGCUCGGAAGCAAUGGGAACAGAAGUUCUGCCAGCGCUAUGACCAGCUCAUGGAGGCCUGGGAGAGGAGGGUGGAACGCAUCGAGAGCAACCCCCGGCGGCGCGCCAAGGAGAACAAGGUGCGCGAGUACUACGAGAAGCAGUUCCCCGAGAUCCGCAAGCAGCGUGAGCUGCAGGAGCGCAUGCAGAGCAGGGUGGGCCAGCGGGGCAGCGGGCUCUCCAUGUCAGCCGCCCGCAGCGAGCACGAGGUGUCCGAGAUCAUCGAUGGCCUCUCAGAGCAGGAGAACCUGGAGAAGCAGAUGCGACAGCUGGCCGUGAUCCCGCCGAUGCUGUACGACGCGGACCAGCAGCGGAUCAAGUUCAUCAACAUGAACGGGCUCAUGGACGACCCCAUGAAGGUGUACAAGGACCGCCAGGUCAUGAACAUGUGGAGCGAGCAGGAGAAGGAGACCUUCCGGGAGAAGUUCAUGCAGCACCCCAAGAACUUCGGCCUGAUCGCAUCAUUCCUGGAGAGGAAGACGGUGGCCGAGUGCGUCCUCUACUAUUACCUGACCAAGAAGAACGAGAACUACAAGAGCCUGGUGAGGCGGAGCUACCGGCGCCGCGGCAAGAGCCAGCAGCAGCAGCAGCAGCAGCAGCAGCAGCAGAUGCCCCGGAGCACCCAGGAGGAGAAGGAGGAGAAGGAGAAGGAGAAGGAGAAGGAGGCCGAGAAGGAGGAGGAGAAGCCCGACGUGGAGAAUGACAAGGAGGAACUGAUCAAGGAGAAGACGGACGACACCUCUGGGGAGGACAACGAUGAGAAGGAAGCAGUGGCCUCCAAAGGCCGAAAAACCGCCAACAGCCAGGGGCGACGCAAAGGCCGCAUCACACGCUCCAUGGCCAGUGAGGCCAACAGCGAGGAGGCCGCCACCCCGCAGCAGAGCGCCGAGCUGGCCUCGAUGGAGAUGAACGAGAGUUCUCGCUGGACCGAGGAAGAGAUGGAAACAGCCAAGAAAGGUCUCCUGGAACACGGCCGGAACUGGUCGGCCAUCGCCCGCAUGGUGGGCUCCAAGACCGUGUCGCAGUGUAAGAACUUCUACUUCAACUACAAGAAGAGGCAGAACCUGGAUGAGAUCCUGCAGCAGCACAAGCUGAAGAUGGAGAAGGAGAGGAACGCACGGAGGAAGAAGAAGAAAGCCCCGGCCGCUGCCAGCGAAGAGGCCACCUUCCCGCCCGUGGUGGAGGAUGAGGAGAUGGAGGUGUCGGGUGUGAGCGGCAACGAGGAGGAGACGGCGGAGGAGGCAGACGCCUUACACGCCUCUGGGAGCGAGGUACCCAGAGGGGAGUGCAGUGGCCCAGCCGCUGUCAACAACAGCUCGGACACCGAGAGCAUCCCCUCGCCGCGUGCCGAGGCCGCCAAGGACUCAGGGCAGAACGGGCCCAAGCCCCCGGGUGCCACCGUGCCGCCCCCCGAGCCACCCCCGUCACCCGCUGCGCCCCCGGCCGUGGUCCCCAAGGAAGAGAAGGACGAAGAGGCGGCCGCGGCGCCCCUGGCGGAGGAGGGCGAGGAGCAGAAGCCCCCCGCAGCCCUGGAGCUGGCGGGGGACGUGGGCAAGACGGAGGAGGCCGGCGAGGAGCCCCCCGCAGAGCCAGUCGGGAGCGUGAAGAGCGAGUGCAAGGAGGAGGCCGUGGAGGAGGCGCCCGACAGGGCCGCGGGGGGCGCCGCGGCCGUGGCCACACCCGAGGGGGCGCUCAAGGUGGAGAGGAAGGAGGGCGGCGGCCCCGGGGGCAAGGCUGCGGCCAAGGGCUCGGGCGCCCCCCAGGACAGCGACUCCAGCGCCACCUGCAGCGCCGAUGAGGUGGACGAGCCCGAGGGCGGCGACAAGAACCGGCUGCUGUCGCCGCGGCCCAGCCUCCUCACGCCGACCGGCGACGCCAGAGCCAGCGCCUCCCCCCAGAAGCCGCUGGACCUGAAACAGCUGAAGCAGCGGGCGGCCGCCAUCCCCCCGAUCCAGCUCACCAAAGCCCAUGAGCCCCCCCGAGAGGACGUGGCUCCCGCUAAGCCAGCCGCCCCCGCCCAGCCGCCGCCGCCGCACCUGCAGCCCGAGAGCGACGCCCCUCAGCAGCCCAGCAACAGCCCUCGAGGCAAAAGCAGGAGCCCCGUGCCCCCUGCCGAAAAGGAGGAGAAGCCCGUGUUCUUCCCGACCUUUGCGGCUGAGGGCCAGAAGCUGCCCGCCGAGCCCCCGUGCUGGACGUCGGGCCUGCCCUUCCCUGUGCCCCCUCGUGAGGUGAUCAAGGCCUCCCCGCACGCCCCCGACCCCUCGGCCUUCUCCUACGCCCCACCCGGCCACCCGCUGCCCCUGGGCCUCCACGACAGCGCUCGGCCCGUGCUGCCCCGGCCUCCCGCCAUCUCCAACCCACCGCCCCUCAUCUCCUCCACCAAGCACCCCAGCGUCCUCGAGAGGCAGAUGGGUGCCAUCUCCCAGGGAAUGUCUGUGCAGCUCCACGUCCCGUACUCAGAGCACGCCAAGGCCCCCGUGGGCCCCGUCACCAUGGGGCUGCCCCUCGCCGUGGACCCCAGGAAGCUAGCGCCCUUCAGCGGAGUGAAGCAGGAGCAGCUGUCCCCACGGGGCCAGGCUGGGCCACCGGAGAGCCUGGGGGUGCCCGCGGCCCAGGAGACAUCCGUGCUGAGAGGGACGUCCCUGGGCUCGGUGCCCGGAGGAAGCAUCACCAAGGGCAUCCCCAGCACGCGGGUGCCUUCUGAGAGCCCCAUCACCUACCGCGGCUCCAUCACCCACGGCACUCCGGCCGACGUCCUGUACAAGGGCACCAUCACCAGGAUCCUUGGCGAGGACAGCCCAAGCCGCCUGGAGCGCAGCCGGGAGGACGGCCUGCCCAAGGGCCAUGUCAUCUACGAGGGCAAGAAGGGCCACGUGCUGUCCUAUGAGGGUGGCAUGUCUGUGUCCCAGUGCUCCAAGGAGGACGGCAGGAGCAGCUCAGGACCACCCCACGAGGCGGCUGCCACGAAGCGCACCUACGACAUGAUGGAGGGCCGCGUCGGCAGGGCCGUCUCCUCCACCAGUAUCGAAGGGCUCAUGGGCCGCGCCAUCCCACCCGAGCGACACAGCCCCCACCACCUCAAGGAGCAGCACCACAUCCGAGGCUCCAUCACGCAAGGGAUCCCGCGGUCCUACGUGGAGGCCCAGGAAGACUACCUGCGGCGCGAUGCCAAGAUCCUGAAGCGUGAGAGCACGCCCCCGCCCCCGCCGCCCCCGCGGGACCUGGCCGAGGCCUACAAGGCCCGGCCCCUGGAGGCCCUGGGCCCCCUGAAGUUGAAGGCAGCCCACGAGGGCCUGGUGGCGACGGUGAAGGAGGCCGGCCGCUCCAUCCACGAGAUCCCCCGCGAGGAGCUGCGGCGCACGCCCGAGCUGCCCCUGGCCCCGCGGCCGCUCAAGGAGGGCUCCAUCACGCAGGGCACCCCGCUCAAGUACGAUGCCGGCGCGGCCUCCGCCGGCUCCAAAAAGCACGACGUGCGCUCCAUCAUCGGCAGCCCCGGCCGCACCUUCCCGCCCGCGCUGCCCCUGGACGUGAUGGCCGACCCCCGGGCGCUGGAACGCGCCUGCUACGAGGAGAACCUGAAGGGCCGGCCCGGGGCCGUCGGCGCCUCGGGGGGCUCCAUCACCCGGGGGGCCCCCGUCAUCGUGCCUGAGCUGGGCAAGCCGCGGCAGAGCCCCCUCACCUACGAGGACCACGGGGCACCCUUCGCCGGCCACCUGCCACGCGGCUCGCCCGUGACCACGAGGGAGCCCACCCCACGCCUGCAGGAGGGCAGCCUGUCGUCCAGCAAGGUGUCGCAGGACCGAAAGCUGACGUCGACACCCCGCGAGAUUGCCAAGUCCCCGCACAGUGCUGUGCCCGAGCACCACCCCCACCCCAUCUCGCCCUACGAACACCUGCUCCGGGGCGUGAGUGGUGUGGACCUGUACCGCGGCCCCAUCCCGCUGGCCUUCGACCCCACCUCCAUUCCCCGCGGGAUCCCCCUGGAUGCAGCCGCUGCCUAUUACCUGCCCCGGCACCUGGCCCCCAACCCCACCUACCCGCACCUGUACCCGCCCUACCUCAUCCGCGGCUACCCCGACACGGCGGCCCUGGAGAACCGCCAGACCAUCAUCAACGACUACAUCACCUCGCAGCAGAUGCACCACAACGCGGCCACCGCCAUGGCCCAGCGGGCCGACAUGCUGCGCGGCCUCUCCCCCCGCGAGUCCUCGCUGGCUCUCAACUACGCCGCUGGCCCGCGAGGCAUCAUCGACCUGUCCCAAGUGCCACACCUGCCCGUGCUGGUGCCCCCGACACCAGGCACACCCGCCACCGCCAUGGACCGCCUUGCCUACCUCCCCACCACUCCCCAGCACUUCAGCAGCCGGCUCAGCAGCUCCCCGCUCUCCCCAGGAGGUCCCACUCACUUGACGAAACCCACUGCCGCAUCCUCUGCCGAGAGGGAGCGGGACCGAGACCGAGAUCGGGAGCGCGAACGGGAGCGCGAGAAGUCCAUCCUCACGUCCACCACGACGGUGGAGCAUGCGCCCAUCUGGAGACCCGGUACGGAGCAGAGCAGCAGCGGCAGCGGUGGUGGCGGGAGCGGGGGCAGCAGCCGCCCUGCCUCACACUCGCACUCGCACCAGCACUCGCCCAUCUCCCCCCGGACCCAGGACGCCAUCCAGCAGAGACCCAGUGUGCUACACAACACGAGCAUGAAGGGCAUCAUCGCCUCUGGGGAGCCCAGCACGCCCACGGUCCUGAGGUCCACAUCCACCUCCUCGCCCGUCCGCCCAGCCGCCACAUUCCCAGCCGCCACCCACUGCCCGCUGGGCAGCACCCUUGACGGGGUCUACCCCACCCUCAUGGAGCCCGUCCUGCUGUCCAAGGAAGCCCCGCGGGUCGCCCGGCCCGAGCGGCCCCGCGCGGACGCCGGCCACGCCUUCCUCGCCAAGCCCCUGGGCCGCGCGGGGCUGGAGCCCGCCUCGUCCCCCGGCAAGGGCUCCGAGCCCCGGGCCCUGGUGCCCCCCGGCUCCGGCCACGCGGCCAUCGCCCGCGCCCCAGCGAAGAGCCUCGCGCCCCACCACGCCGGCCCGGACCCGCCAGCGCCGCCCGCCUCGGCCGCCGACCUGCACCGGGAAAAGACUCAAAGUAAACCCUUUUCCAUCCAGGAAUUGGAACUUCGUUCUCUGGGCUACCACAGCGGCAGCUACAGCCCUGACGGGGUGGAGCCCGUCAGCCCCGUGAGCUCGCCCAGCCUGACCCACGACAAGGAGCUCCCCAGGCACCUCGAGGAGCUCGACAAGAGCCCCCUGGAGGGGGGCCUCCGGCACAAGCAGCCAGGCCCCGGGAAGCUUGGCGGCGAGGCUGCUCACCUCCCGCACCUGCGGCCGCUGCCUGAGAGCCAGCCCUCGUCCAGCCCGCUGCUCCAGACCGCCCCGGGGGUCAAAGGUCACCAGCGGGUGGUCACCCUGGCACAGCACAUCAGUGAGGUCAUCACGCAGGACUACACACGGCACCACCCGCAGCAGCUCAACACGCCUGUCCCUGCCCCCCUGUACUCCUUCCCCGGAGCCAGCUGCCCCGUCCUGGACCUGCGCCGCCCGCCUAGCGACCUCUACCUCCCGCCCCCCGACCACGGCGCUCCAGCCCGUGGCUCCCCCCACAGCGAGGGGGGCAAGAGGUCUCCAGAGCCAAGCAAGACGUCGGCCCUGGGCAGCGGUGAGGAUGGUAUCGAACCCGUGUCCCCACCGGAGGGCAUGGGAGAGCCCGGGCAUCCCCGGAGCGCUAUGUACUCGCUGCUGUACCGGGACGGGGAGCAGGCGGAGUCCAGCCGGGUGGGCUCCAAAUCUCCAGGAAACACCAGCCAGCCGCCGGCCUUCUUCAGCAAGCUGACCGAGAGCAACUCGGCCAUGGUCAAAUCUAAGAAACAGGAGAUCAACAAGAAGCUGAACACCCACAACCGGAGCGAGCCGGAAUACAAUAUUGGCCAGCCCGGGACAGAGAUCUUCAACAUGCCCGCCAUCACCGGAGCAGGCCUUAUGACCUGCAGAAGCCAGGCGGUGCAGGAGCAUGCCAGCACCAACAUGGGGCUGGAGGCCAUUAUUAGAAAGGCGCUCAUGGGUAAAUAUGAUCAGUGGGAGGAGCACCCCCUCGGCGCCAAUGCUUUUAACUCUCUGAAUGCCAGUGCCAGCCUGCCCGCUGCUAUGCCCAUAACCGCUGCUGACGGACGGAGUGAACACGCGCUCGCCUCGCCAGGUGGAGGCGGCAAGGCCAAGGUCUCUGGCAGACCCAGCGGCCGAAAAGCCAAGUCCCCGGCCCCGGGCCUGGUGUCUGGGGACCGGCCGCCCUCCGUCUCCUCGGUGCACUCGGAGGGAGACUGCAACCGCCGGACACCGCUCACCAACCGUGUGUGGGAGGACCGACCCUCAUCCGCAGGUUCCACACCCUUCCCCUACAACCCCCUGAUCAUGCGGCUGCAGGCGGGUGUCAUGGCCUCCCCGCCCCCGCCCGGCCUCUCGGCGGGCAGCGGGCCCCUCGCCGGCCCCCAUCACGCCUGGGACGAGGAGCCCAAGCCACUGCUCUGCUCACAGUACGAGACGCUCUCCGACAGCGAGUGACUCCGCACGGGGCGGGGGCGCCAGGGCCCAGCGAGCCGCCGGAGCAGCCGGGCGAGGAGUGGGGCGGCUGCCGACUCCCCUCCCGAGGAAGGAGCCCCUGAGUCUGCCUGCGCGCCCACCCGCCCGCCCGUCCGUCCAGAGCCGGCAUCCUUGCCUGUCAAAGCCUUAACUACGACUCCCGCCCCGGGCUGGCCCUGUGCAGUGACCUUACUCAGGGGAUGUUUACCUGGUGCUCGGGAGGGGAGGGGCCGGGAAGGGGGCGCGGCGGGCGUGCGGCAGCCACACGCUCGCAGCCGGGGCGGCCAGGACCCCAAGCAGGACGACCACGCACCUCCCACGCCACUGCCCCCCCCAGCGCAUUUGGAACCAAAGUCUAAACUGAGCUAGCAGCCCCUGCACCCCCCCCCGCCCCCAUCCCGCUUAGCGCUCUGGACACACGGACACAGGCCCUGUCCAGCCCCCAGCGCUCUCUUCCUGGUCCCCAUGGGCUGCCCCAGCCAACGAGACUGCUGGAAACCAAGUCAGGCCAGAUGGGCGGGCGAAAGGGCCAGGUGCGGCCUGGGGCGAGCGGAUGCUCCCAGGAACUGGACUGUUUUUUUCACACAUCGUUGCCGCAGCGGUGGGAAGGAAAGGCAGGUGUAAAUGAUGUAUUGGUUUACAGGGUAUAUUUUUGAUACCUUCAAUGAAUUAAUUCAGAUGUUUUACGCAAGGAAGGACUUACCCAGUGUUAUUGCUGCUGUGCUUUCGAUCUCUGCUUACCGUUCAAGAGGCGUGCGCAGGCCAACAGUCGGUGACCCCAUCGUCCGCAGGACCCAGGGGGGCGGGGGCCACCAGCUCAUGAGCCCCCCUGUCCUCCCUCCCUCCCUUCCUUGGGCAGAAUGAAUUUGAUGGGUAUUCUGUGAUCGCCAUCUGCGCACAGCGGUGGCGUUCUGUCAUUUACACACAUUGUUCUCAUUAAAAAGCAGAUUAUACUCGAGUUA